AUGAAGCUCCUUAUCUGUAUUCAAACGCUUCUUCUUCUUCUGGUCUCGAGCGCCGCCCAAAUCAUCAAUCUCGAACCCUUUCCCAACUCCAUCCUCUUGGCCACCCCCUUGCACCCUCCGGUGAUCCUUCUCUCCUCCAACGAGACCGCAGCCGUCAAACGUGCUGCAACAUCACUCUCCAUCGACUUCGGCCGUGUCCUCGGAAAGAAUAGCACCAUCGUCUAUGACACCUUCAACACAUCCACAACAUUCCCCGUCCUGGUUAUCGGAACACUAGGCUACUCCCCUCUUCUCAGGCUCCAAAACUCCUCCAUUCAGGGGAAAUGGGAAUCUUACACUCACGAAGUGAUUACGAACCCCUUUCCAGGUAUUUCUUCAGCCUUAUCAGUAGUUGGAAGCGACAAGCGUGGCACUGUCUACGGCAUCUACGCCCUGUCUGAGCAGAUAGGCGUCUCUCCAUGGUAUUUUUGGGCCGAUGUUCCCAUCGCUCCCUCGACAUCCCUUCAUCUAUCUCCCGCCGGUACAAUCCACACACAAGGGCCCCCCUCCGUGAAAUACAGAGGCAUCUUUAUCAAUGACGAAGAAACCUGCCUCACCUCCUGGGCCCGUACCCGCUUCCCUCUCGCCUCAUCCGACCGCAACCGCCCCUUUACCUCUUCUUUCUAUGCUCACGUCUUCGAGCUCAUCCUCAGACUCAAGGGAAACUACCUCUGGCCCGCCAUGAAGAACAGCAUGUUCUAUGUCGACGAUGUUGCAAACGGUGCUCUCGCAAAUGACUUUGGCGUGGUGAUGGGGACAAGCCAUCACGAACCUAUGGCGAGGGCGUACCGCGAGCAGGAGCGGGACCUUGAUGGGAGGUGGGAUUGGAGCCUGAACAAGGAGAACCUGACGGCUUUCAUGAAUGCGGGUGCGGAGAGGAGCAAGGGCUGGGAAACGGUUUACACGAUGGGGAUGAGAGGGGAGGGGGACACAGAGUCGCCUACGCUGACUGCGCCACAGCUGGAGGAGAUUAUCGCGGUGCAGCAGGAGAUUCUGAACGCUACUCAUGGGAGUCGUGCGAGUGAUUUGCCCAAAAUUUGGGCACUGUACAAGGUGAGUCUCACGAUGAAGUUCCAUGGAUACGGGAACGGUUUCGCUAAAUACGAGAAACAGGAAGUCGGAAAAUACUACCAGCAGGGCCUCCAGGUCCCUGACGACGUAACGCUGCUCUGGACUGACGAUAACUAUGGUAAUCUCCUGCGCACGCCGUACCCCAACGAGACAUCGCGCACUGGAGGUGCUGGCGUGUAUUACCACGUAAACUAUGUUGGCCGCCCAAAGAUUUAUGAAUGGAUCAACACCAUCCAGUUGGCCAAGACAUGGGAGCAGAUGCAUCUCGCCUACGAGAAAGGGGCUAGGGAGGUUUGGAUUGUGAAUGUGGGAGACAUCAAGCCUCUGGAGAUACCCACGACCCAUUUCCUCGACAUGGCCUACGAUAUGUCUCUACACCUCACGCCAACGAGCACGACAACUUGGCUCGAAACGUGGACAUCAAAGACGUUCUCCCCAGACAUCGCAUCCGCCGUUGCGGACAUCUUGAACCGAUAUGGCCGGCUGGUCAACCGACGAAAGUACGAGACUUUGAAUAUGCCGCCGUUCGUGUACAGUACACUCUUCUACGACGAGGCUGCCACGGCUCUUGGGGAGUGGGAAGCCCUAUUAGAAGAUACCUCGAGGGUCUACGAGGGACUUGGAGAAACAUGGCGAGAUGCGUUUUACCAAAUGGUGUUGCAUCCUGUAGAGGCUGGGAAGACGGUCAACGAGUUGUAUAUCAAGGCCGAGAUGGGGAAGCUGUAUAGCGCGCAACGGCGGACGGCGACGAAUCGCCUUGCGACGGAGGCGAAGACGGCCUUUGCCCGGGACAAGGAGAUCUCGGCAGAGUACAAUGGGAUCAGCGGGGGUAAGUGGAAGGGGAUCAUGUGUCAAGUGCAUAUUGGGUAUACACUAUGGUACGAACCCAGCCGCGACGUGAUACCGGACCUGGAGUACGUCAGUGAUGCGGAUGUUCCAGCCUCCGGGAUUAUGGGAGUUGCUGGGCAGGGCGCGGUGGGUGAUGUGGGUGAGAGGGAGAUCGUCUUGCUAGAGAUGGAUCCGUACUUGCCGCCGGGGCAGAGUCGGUGGAUUGACGUGUUCUGCCGUGCGAAUGGGACAUUUGAGUGGCGGAUUGAAUCGAACGUGUCGUGGGUCGGGGUGGACAAGGAUGAGGGGACACUUGAGGCCCCUGGAGAUAUGGAUGAGGCGCGGGUGAACAUCGAGGUGGAUUGGUCUUCUGCCCCCAAGGGGCGUAGCACCGCUGCACUAACCGUCCAGAGGAAGGAUACAGAGGAUGCGGUCACGGUUUUACUUCCCAUCUUCAAUCCUCCUGUUGCCAAGGGGGAUCUGGUCGGACGCUGGAUUGAGUCUGGCGGCGUGGUAUCCAUCGCAGCAGCGCAUUACUCUGCCCUCGAAACGAAGAACGGGGUCUCGUACGUCGAAGUCCCAUUUUACGGUAAGACACACUCGGGAGUCAAACUUUGGCCAGUAGGUGUCGAGUCGUUGACUCAAUCCACAGCGCCGAAGCUGCGAUAUGACUUCUUUACAUUUACCGAAUAUGAAGGCGUCAAGGUACGGAUGUAUCUUGGUGGCUCGCGGAACCAUGACACCACGCGGCCGCUGAGGUAUGCGUUUGCUGUCGACAACAGGGAGGCUGUAGUUAUACAACCGGUUGGUGACGCGGAACUCGGAGAGGAUCCAGAGGGAUGGGCUGAUUCUGUCAUCACCGGAGGUUGGAAUGUGACGACAAAUGUGACUGAAGGAAGUCUGAAGGUUGGAAGACAUGAAUUGGGAGUUUGGCUACUUGAGCCUGGGGUUGUAAUACAAAAGGUUGUUGUUGAUCUUGGGGGCGUUAGAGCGAACGGAUUGGGGCCGCCUGAAAGUCUGAUGCUGCAGGGUGAUGGUUGGAAAUGA